AUGCGGAGGUAUAUUCAACCAUCGGAUAGUUCUCCGCUCAUAUCAAUAAUUCCGAACAUUUCAUCGCCAAGAUCCCUAAAUACGAUAUUUCCAUGGGGAAAUGACAACUUUAUUGGUAACACUUGCCAGAAUUUCCCAACUUAUUUUAGAACAUUAACACCUGCAAUACCAAAUUCACCAGAAUUGGAAGCACUAUCUAAACUGCCAUAUGGAAUCGUCGUAGAACCAGGGACAGUCGGAAAAUUGCCAAGGGUCGAUUUAUCAAAUUCAACAAUUCCUCGUUGCAAUAAAUGCCAAGCAUAUAUCUCAUGUUUCUGUAAAGUCGAUGAAAGAAAAAAGCAAUGGAUUUGUGGUCUAUGCGGUGCAAAAACAAAUUUUCCAGAAAAUAUGCCAGAAAUUCCGCAAAUGCUAACUGGAAACAUGGUUUAUGAUGUUGUUGCACCUCAAGAUUACGUACAAAAAGCAUUUGUAAUGCCUUCUUUUGUUUUUAUUAUCGAUUUAUCAAGUCAGGCAGUUGAUUCGGGCUUCACAGCUCAAUUUAUACGAUCAGUCAAAUCAUCAGUUGAACAGUUAUCAGACAAAACAAAUGUUUGCGUCAUGACCAUCACAAAAUUCGCCUCAAUUUAUGAUAUCAAAGCCUGUAAAGAAGUGGUUGUGAUAGAUCCAGAAGAUUUUGUUGUUUCUCCGAAUUAUAUCGUUACUCUUCGCGAUUGCAGAAAAGAAUUUAACAAAUUAUUAGAUUUACUACUCAAAAAGCAUAGUCAUGGUCAAGGAAAUUGUCUAGGCAGUGCAUACGCAAUCGCCUGUUCCGCUUUAAGAAUUUAUGGCGGAAUUAUCAUUGCAGGAACAUGCACAACUCCUUCUAUUGGUCCAUAUGCUGUAGCAUCGAGGGUACAAGGCCAUACGACAGAAGACAGUGAAAUCCAGCUCUUACAUAUUCCAAAAAACAAUCAAUGUAAGAAAUACAUGGAUUUAGCACUUUUAAUGUCGAAAAGAGGUAUUUCAUUGCAUCUAUUUAUUUGUUCGAAGUCACAUGCCGAAGUAGCUGUCUCUGGACUUGCUUGUGGCUUAACUGGCGGAUUAUGCAGAUACUACAAAGAAUUUGAUCCACUCCAACUUCACAGUGACCUAUUUGUAUCUAUAACAAGCCGCUAUUUAUGGAAUGCAAGCAUGAGAUUAAGAGAAUCAGAUGGAAUCCAACAAACAAAGAUAUUUGGAAAUAUGACGAACUUCAAAGAUGGAAUAAGUAUCGCUGUAUUGCCAUCUAACGCAAGUUUGACUUUCGGAUUGACCGUAAAAAAGCCGAUCAAUAAUGCGAAAUUUCAGGCGGCACUUUUGUUUACAUCAUCCACGGGGAAGCGAAUAUUAAGGGUCUUCAACUUCGAAAUUCCGGUGACUUCGGAAAUUUCAGUGUUACAAUCAGGAUUCGACGAAGCAGCCUUAGGAACGUUUUUAGUUAAGUCUGCUACAUUAAAUAUUCUCUCUGCUGGAUCAAGAGAUAGUAUGGAAGGCAUGAAUCAAGCUUUCUGGGAAAUUGUGAACAGAAAUUCGAAAUUCAAAUCUUUACAUCAUAUUAUAUUCGGAAUAUUGAAGAAUAGAAUAUUCACUGAGAGCAUUUUGCCGAAUAUUGACUACAAAAUGGCCGCAAUUUUGAAUCUGAGAAUGACAUCUGUUUCUGAAACGAUUCUUUACGCAUAUCCUAUGCUGUAUGACAUAGAAAACAAGAAAACUUUAGCUCUAAGGAUCGAAAACAUUGCUUCUGGAAUCUUUGCCCUUGGAUGUUAUAAUAAUAUUUUAUUAUGGUGCACGAAUCCACUUCUUGAAGAAGAAUUUCGUAACCUCGUUGAUGAAAACAAUGAACCAAAAGGAAAUUUGGUUGAUUUCGUUACAAAUAUUCGCCAAUUGACAGGAAAAUAUUUGAGAAUCAUUGUUUUAUCAUAUGAAACAUCCAAAGAAUACAUAGAUUCACUAAUGAUCGAAACUUCUGCAAGGCCAAACUUCAAUUCUUGGAUUACCAGUCAAGUAUUGACGUAA